AUGCAGACAUCUUAUAAUCUUGUUAUAAAGUUUGUAUCAUUUGCAUUUGAGUCCAAAUGGACUGUGGCCUGGAAUAUUAUGAAGAUUCGAGAUUCCUGCCCACUGAAUUCAUGGAUAAAGAAUUCCGACAUUGAUACCGGUUCUUGUAGGGAUCAUUUUCAGAUUUUUUACACAAGAUUUUUCUCCUCAACAAAACCCACGACUGCAAGUUCCCUCCGCCGCGUUUCGCCGCUACUCAGCCUCCUGUUCCACCGUUGUCGUUUUACUUGCGAUUUUGUGUCGUUUUACUUGCGAUUCUGGUUUUAUCCAUUACUGCAAAAGAUCAUGAAUACAUUAUGCGGACCAAAUACAGAACUAUCCCGUUGUGUUACCAAUUUAUUUAAUCCGCAUUUAGGCUUGGCCAAGUUUAAUGCUUGUGUUUUGGGGACGAGGCUAUUGCCAUUGUUCUCCAAUAAUUCCAUUAAAGAAGCGAAAGUUUGGAGUAAGAAAAGUGGAAUUUCGUUAUCAGUUUCCAGCUCCGGUACUAAAAACGUGGUCGAAACUGCCGAAGGAAGUAUGGCUGAUGGCCUUACAUACAAGGAUGCUGGUGUUGACAUAGACGCGGGUUCGGAACUUGUAAAAAGAAUAGCCAAGAUGGCCCCUGGAAUCGGAGGUUUUGGUGGCCUCUUUCCCUUAGGGGAUUCCUAUCUUGUUGCCGGCACAGAUGGAGUGGGAACAAAACUUAAGCUCGCAUUUGAGACUGAAAUUCAUGAGACAAUUGGAAUUGAUUUGGUUGCAAUGAGCGUUAAUGAUAUAGUUACCUCUGGAGCAAAGCCGCUUUUUUUCCUUGAUUACUUUGCUACAAGUCAUUUGGACGUUGAUCUUGCAGAGAAGGUCAUAAAAGGCAUAGUCAGUGGUUGCCAGCAAUCUGACUGUGCUCUUUUGGGGGGAGAGACUGCUGAGAUGCCAGAUUUUUACGCAGAUGGUGAGUAUGACCUCAGUGGUUUUGCCGUGGGAAUUGUGAAAAAGGAGUCAGUUAUUGAUGGGAAAAACAUAACGGUUGGGGACGUUCUCCUUGGCCUGCCAUCCAGUGGAGUUCAUUCGAAUGGGUUUUCUCUUGUCAGAAGGGUUCUCAAGCAAAGUGGUCUUUCAUUGAAGGACCAACUUCCUGGUUCAUCCGUGACCCUAGGUGAAGCUUUAAUGGCGCCUACUUGUAUAUAUGUCAAGCAGGUUCUUGACAUUAUUAGCAAAGGUGGCGUUAAAGGGAUAGCUCACAUCACAGGUGGUGGUUUUACAGAUAACAUACCUCGUGUGUUUCCAAAAGGUCUUGGAGCUAUCAUAUAUAAGGACUCGUGGGUGGUUCCUCCUGUUUUCAAAUGGAUUCAAGAGGCUGGAAGAAUCGAAGAUUCAGAAAUGAGACGGACUUUUAAUAUGGGGAUUGGGAUGGUUCUAGUGGUGAACAAGGAGACAGCUCUUAAAAUACUUGGGGAAGAACAUGGUGCAAGUACAACAUAUCGAAUUGGUGAAGUUAUACAUGGCGAUGGAGUGAGCUACCGAUGA